GUGCAGCAAGUGAGGAGGGAUCGCCUUCGUCCAUAUCACCUCCAACCUCGUCUCUAUGAUAAGGCUCCUGCAUGUGAAUACUCUGCAGUCGAGUUAUGCCCAUCGUUUUUUCAACCAUUCCUUGCCGUUGAGAGGAUUGCAGCACCAUGACAUGGUUGUGGUGGCGCUGCUGCUUCUGCUGGAAAGACCAAGUGAGGGAGGAGGAGGAGGACCAAGAGGAGAUCUGCGCCGCCACCACUACCAACUCCUCAGAGUCAAGCCUUGAUGUUGCAACAACAGAAGAUUCUGUAACUAUGGGACAGACAGCAAGCCGAAUAAAUAAUUUAUUCCGGCGUAAGUGCUCGGCAACCCCAUCACCUGAUCAUGAAGAUGAUGCCCAGGUGUCCCAGGAAGACACCACCUUUCUUAUCCCUUCUGCUGUUGUUCCAUCAUACCCACUAGCGACUCCUCGCAGCCCUCUCCGCCGUGGCACCAGGCCUCUCGAUUUGUCUGAAAUCUCUCCAGCAAGACCUCCCUCAAAGCGACUCAAGGGAGAUAUCCAGUACUUAGAUUUUCCCGUUUUGAAAAGUGAUGAAACAAUCAAAUUUGUUCAAAACAGUAAGAUCAUGUUGAUUUUGAAGGGCAUACCAGGAUCUGGCAAGAGUUUCAUAGCGCAGAAGAUCAAAGAAGUGUAUGAAGAUGCAGUUGUAUGCUCAGCUGAUUCUUACUUCAUGCGUGAUGGAGAGUACCAGUUUGAUAGAGACCAACUGAAGGAAGCACAUGAGUUUUGCCAGCACACAGCUAGUGAGGCUGCAAAGGAAGGUCUUCAUGUAAUUGUCAUUGACAAUACAAAUGUACGCAAUUGGGAAAUGAAAUAUUAUCUUGAUCUAGCUAAGGAGCACCACUACAUUCCCUUGGUAAUGGAAACUCAAACACCAUGGGCAAUGGAUUCUAGGGAACUUGCACUGAAAAACUCACAUGAUAUCCCACAGAAAAUUAUUGCUCAGAAGGUCAAAUCCUACCAACCAGUCCAACCUAUAUACUAUGGCUGGUUCAUUAAUGAAGUGGACUCAAAGAAGAUUUACUCAAUGGGACAAGAAUGGCUGCAGCAAAUCCUGAAUGUAGAUGAUUUCUUCCAAGACUUCUCUCAGAAUACACAACUAGACUCCGGUGAAGAGAUAUUAAAAUUCUUCUCUCUGGAUUCUGAUGCUGAGGGCAAAACACUCCAUGCUACAGCAAAGUUCACUGGGAGAGGUAAACAACAUGGUGCAAUGGAAUAUAUGAAGAAUUCAAUUAUCAGAAGGGCUAUGGGCCAGUGUUUUCAACUACACAUUAUAGGAUUUGUAAUUACUCCUAGAACAUUUGGAGCGAGAUUAAAACUGACGUGGGAGGAAUUAGAGUUGUGGGGUAACGAUGAUAAUGAAGACCCUCCUGAGUCUGUAUUUCAGCCUGUAGUAUCAAGAAAAGAUAAUGUAAAUUGUGAAGAACAGCCACAAGAAUUUCCUAAUAAUAUGGAACAAAAUGAUAUAACAAAUAAAUGUAAAAGGGCUGGUUGUCAGUUAACUUGUAGAGUAGUGGAUGCAGAGAUUGGAGAGGACAGGUUUCACCCAACAUCAGGGAAUGGAAGUCGAGCACAUUUGACUCUUGCUUAUGCCCCUACAGUGAAGCCAGUAUGCACAGGUUUUGAUUUAAUUAGUGCUGUGAAAUGUGAACAGAGAGCCUUCAGUAAAGGAAUGUCCACUGACAGUCAAUUAGAAGAUCAAAAAGUGGAAACGUAUAAUAUUCGUGGAGGAGUGUUAAGAAACUAUGGUGAAGGCACAUGGGUUGUAUACCCAGAGAAAGAACUUGUUGUCAGUUCUAUGUUUUCAGCAUUUUACUGAUAAGAACAGUGUUGAUGGCACCUGUUGGGUUCAAAAUAACAACUUAAAUUAUUUUGUGAUAUUUGUGGAGUGGAUCUUGAAAGAAGUGAUUGGAAUACCUAACUCUGUAUUCCACCUGUCACACAGUGUUUAUUAAGAUAGUUUAUAGUGACAAGACUCUGCAAAGCUCAUAACACAUAUACCAUAUUGAUGCAGUAUUACUCUACAGUUGUUUUCAAUUAACUUACGGUAUGUGUUUUCUCUUUACUUUUCUUUUAUUUAUUUAUUUAUUUUUAAUAAUUUUAUCUUCAUGACACUGACUACUUAAUAAGACUUAGUAGUACUGUGUCAUAAUCCAGAUAAAUCAUUUUUGGAAUAAUAUAAUUUUAAAUGAUUUCUGGUGUCCUGAUGAGUAUGUCAAUCUAUUUUUCUUCAUUUUCCUAAAGAAAAAUGUUAUGUAUGUGUGUGUGUGUGUAUUUGAUUGUACUCCAGGGUAGACUAUAGUAUACAGUAUAUGUAUAGGGGUUAGAAUUGUCAUGUGUGGUAUGAAUAUCCAGUUUAAGGGUAUCGAGUUUUUCAAGAAAUAUCACUGACCGAAAUUGUCCAUCUGUUUGAUGUGUCAUUCCAUGGCCACUCAAGUAUUUUGUGUAAACAAUUUGCAUCUGUGGGAAAAUAGUUACUUUAGUUGAAAUUCCAGGCAUCCCUUACUUAAUGGAUGUUCGAGAUCCAAAAAUUUACUUAUACUUAUUUUGGUCCAAGCAAAAAUUCAAAUUGCCCCUCUCCCUCUCCCUACCAGUCUGAGGUGUGAGCUAUGUUUUGGUUAUUUAUCAACUCAUAAUAUCGGGUAGAUUUACAAAACUGUCUUCUUCUUUUUUUUGCUUAGUUACAUGCACACAUAACCUUAAAUACAUAAUGUCCUAGAAAAGUAUAGGAAAUAACUAUCAUAAGGUCAAAAACAUAAAAGGAAAUAAACAUUUCUUUGUGUGCAAGAGUAGGAGGGGAGCAGUGUGGGAGCCCCGUUGCUAAGGGUUGGUAGAGGCAGCAUCCUAGCUGGGCUGCAUUGUUAUGGCAAGGCCACACAGCCAGUUUCUAUGCAAAUGGCAAUUGUGGUAAAAUUUCAUUUACCUUUCCAUAAUGGUUUUAGUUGCAUAUUUUCAUCUAAAUAGUACUGGUAUUUUAUUAAUGUUUUUAAUGUGUUAGGUAGUAAAUUACAGUACCUGUAGUUGUGUACUAUUUUUUAUUUUAUUUAUUUUUUUUUUUUUUCAUGAAUCGAUUUCAUGUUUUGGGGUUUUUCUUGUCAUUUGAGGAUCUGAACCCUAUUGUUCCCAUAUAUUCUAUGAUUCAAAAUAUGAAAAUUCACUUAAUGUUUUUUUCAGGAACGUAACCCAUUCGUUAAGCGAGAGAUACCUGUAUAUUAAAAUAUGAGUGACUGCAUCUUUAGGAAAGCUAAUCUUUGCAUCACAAGAUAUAAAGGAUUACAGAAAGAUAGAAACAAAUGGACAUUGUAAAUCAGUGACCUCUAUAUUUGAACUUGACAUUGUCACUCCCAAGAGGAAUAAUCUCUAAAUACAAACAUCUUGGUCCUAAUUUUUCGACAUGAAGAACAUGGAAAGACACAAAAAAGUGGAUGGAAAUGUCUCCAUUGCAUUGUCUGUAUUGAGGAUGAAAAGGGUUUUAUAGAUGUUCUGUCUUCAGAUCUUAUUGUAAAAUUAUAUUCAUCGUUGAUUUUGUUGAAUGCUAAAUUCUUAUACGUACCAAAAAAGGUUAUUUUUAAGUACAAUUAUUGUCUGCACUGUAAUGACAAUGCUCACACUGUACCUGUUGAUCCAUAUACUGCUGUAUGAGCCUUACAGAGUCUUAUUCACACACCACAUCCAUACACAUCACAAAAUCUCUGCUAACUCAGCCAUAUAAACACUUCACUUAUCAUCUCCUUUCACCUUUAAUAUACAGUGUUGUAUUUAUACAAGCAAUAUUUUAAGGUGGUUCAGUGUACUGUUUCAUCUGUCUUUUAUUGUAUUAGAAUGAGGUAACACUCAUUAUGGUGUUUUACAUAAUGCAAAAUUUGCUCUGUUGGAAAAAUGCAGUAAACAGAACUGAUAAACAUUUUUAGGCAGAUGACACAAACCAAGAGAACCUAAGCAAUACUUCCUUAGCUUCUUGUUUAGGUUAUUAGUUUGUGUUGCCUGAAAGAUAGAUGGCUUAACAGUCCUGUUUGUUGUACAGUACUAUUCUAACAAGUGCAGUACAUCUUUACUUAAGAACCUGUCAAGGUCACUUGUCACAUUUUAUUAUUUCUAAACCAUUAACCAAGUUUAUUAAAUUGGUUAUCAAAUUAUUUUUAAAGAAAAAAUAUGUGAAUUUGCAGGUUUUUAAAAUUAGUACAUAUUAUACUACAAUACUGUACUGUACUUAGGUUUCUCAUUAUUUUAUACAAUGGUUUCUAUGGUCAUAAUUUUUUUGUGUUUAUGGAAUAUAAAUUCAUUGUUUUUAUUUGGUUAGGAAUACUGGAGAGGGUUUCUAAGUACUGUACAGUAUUGAUAUAAUGUAAACAUAACCCUCUUUUUUCCAUUUUAUGUUUAAAAACUGAAGUAGUGUACUGUACUGUAAUAUGUAAUUGUUAUUGACCCUCAUUCUAGUUGGCUGAUUUUCUGAAAUGCACAACCUUUGUUCUGAGAAUUUUAGUGUGACUAAUCAUUUGUAGAGAACUAAUGAUUUCAAAACCACCUGAGAUCCUGUACAGUAUUCUUUUAACAUCCCAUAAUUUAUAUAUUUUUCCCAUGUUUAUGGAGAUUAUAAUGAAUGUAAAUCUUUCUUUAAUUUUUUUUUAUUUAACACAGUAUCUCGUCUAUGAAAUAUCAGUUAAAACUUAUAAAUAUUCUAUUGGUGGAUGUUUUAAUGAUAUAAAAGACAAUACUGUAUUUUUAUAAUGUGUACAACAUGUUUGCAUUAAUAGAUGAAAGAUAACAGAAAUAGCAGCAGUCCCUCCCAGGUGUAAGUGAACCCAGUGUUGGUUAUGAUGGUCACUCAAAACUGUUUGUCCUGGUGGUGACUAUAGGAACUAACAGUGUCGGUCCUGGUGGUGACUAUAGGAACGAACAGUGUUUGUCCUGGUGGUGACUAUAGGAACUAACAGUGUCGGUCCUGGUGGUGACUAUAAGAACUAACAGUGUUGGUCCUGGUGGUGACUAUAGGGACGAACAGUGUUUGUCCUGGUGGUGACUAUAGGAACUAACAGUGUUUGCUCUGGUGGUGACUAUAAGAACUAACAGUGUUGGUCCUGGUGGUGACUAUAAGAAUAAGCAGUUAUAUAGUACAAUAAUAUUUUAGGAUGUUACUGGAGAACACUUUUGUGCCUCAAUACCAUAUACUGUACUGUCAGGACUUUGUUUUGCUAUAGAGAAAGAUUUGUGGCCUUGGGCAUCCACUGGGCAGAGGGGUGGGGUGGGGGGGGUGCCAGUUGCCCUUCUCUGGAUCAAGUCUGUUACUGAAGGGGUAGACUUUAAUCUUUAACCUUACCACUCACUACCUGAGGACCUUAAUACAGAUAUCUUCAGAUAGACUCUUUCUCUCUUUUUCACAGCCAGUGUAUGCUCUUAAGUGUAACAUAUAACCUUCCCCCCCAUUUACCUCUGCUGGGUAGGGGCCAGACAUAGAUAGGAACACUUACUGUAGUUCUGUUAUAUAUAAAUUGGCAGUCACUUGACACUACCAUGGCAUCGUGUGAACUUACCCGUAUAUUAUAUCCUUAAAGAGUGUAGGGAUGCUCAGUUCUCCACAUCACACUGUACAGUAUUAUGGUAAAUUACCUUCCUCCCAGUCUUUUAUCCCACCCCAAUACCCAAUUUUUUGGCCCUAAUAACCUACCAUAAUCAGAAAACUUGCACAAAAAUUAACACUUACAGCACUGCAGGCAAAGGAUAAGGAUAAUUUAAGCUUGUGGUGCCAUGUGGUAGUUGUCAGAGGUGAUGGGGGGCCCCCGCUCACUGCACUACAGUACAAUUCUGUAGUGUAAGCCCUUACAGCACCAACUUUAAACUUUAUUAUUCACUUAAACACCGCUGUUCAUGUACUGUGUACUGGUUAAAUUCUCAAUGCAAAUGAAAUAGGACUUUGCACAAAAUAUGUAAAAAUAAGUAGUCACUGCAGGUGGGUAUCCUCUCAAUAGGCCUACCAACUCAUAACUGGGCAUCAUCAUAUCUCGGAAUAUUGUGAGUUAUGUAAGAAAUAAUUACAAAAUAAUUUACUACCACUCAAGAGUAUAUCAAAUUACAAGUUCCAGCAGAUGCCCAUAUUUGUGGCAGAUACUGCUCUAAAAUUGGAGUAUUGUACCUAGACUAUGGAUGAAUUGCACACAUAUCAGAUUGGGACAAGACCCAUACUGUACAAUGGAAACUCCAGUUUGGGUAUUGUUGCAACUUCUUAAGUGUUCAUAUUUAGUGGGGUACAGUACUUUGUAUCCAGAAAAUGUAGUUGACUGUAUUAUACAUAACUGCAUUGAAAAGAAUGAAUGUGCAGAAACCAAGGAUAGCAAUGAAAUGGUAUAUCUAUAAACUAUUACUGUACUGAAAUUAAUUCAUAAAAUCCUCUUAAUAUCAAACAGUAGAGUUUGAGAUAACUUUUAUAACCACUUGUUCAAAGCUUUCUUUUGUCAUACUGUAGUAUGUUAAAUAGUUCCCAGAGGAGUUUUUAUGCUUUUUUUCUUGUUCUUUUUAAGUUUGUGUUUUGAGUUGUUCUGAGUACUAAGACUCACUUAGGAUUAUUUAUUUGUUCUGUGGGGUACCAUAACUUGAAGAAAUUAUUUUAUUGUCCAGAAGUUAUGAUGUUGCUGGGAAAAUAGGGCUGUGAUUAGCUGUAAUCUGUAAGAUUGAUCUCAAUAUUUCUCCUUCAAUUUUCAACUAACAAUGCCCAUUGAAUUAUAUAGGUUUCCCCUUUUUUGUACUCCAUGUUGUAAUUAUUUAGAACAUCUAGGUAUGAAAGAAGAUAGAGGAGACCUUGUAUAAAGAAUGGGAAGCUUGUCCAACAAGGGGUCACAGCUCAAGGUUGAAGAAGCAACAAGUCCUGAAAACUGUUAGGGCAAACUUUUUUGGAGUGAGAGUUGUGAAAUCGUGGAACAAUCUGCCAGUGAGUGUUGUGACGGCACCGAGUGUGAGCUCUUUCAAGACCAGACUUGACCAACACUGGAGCAGGUUCAGAUGCAUUCAGGAGCCAGUGCAUGCCCAGUACCCGCCAUCAGCGCAUAACAGAGACUGACCGACUGCCCCAGCGGCUAACGAGGCGAUCAGUGGUGAAGAGGAUAAAAGACAAUAAUACAGUACAGUAUACAGGUACUGUAUUGAAUUUUUUUGGUACUUUUUAUGGUUCUGCUUUUGUAACUGUGCCAGAAUAACAAGUUUUUUGUGAUAAUUAAAUCAGCCUUUCUAUACAAAUGCAGUGAUUCUGUACAUUUGUACAAUAAAGAUAAAAAUGGCACCUGUA